AUGCGCGCAUUAUGGAAUCCUGUACCGGCAUUCAAAACCCUGAUAUUUGGUUUAUACGAAGCGGUUCAACGGUUCGGAUGUUAUUAUGCCGUGCACUUACGGCGCGGGGAUAAGUUAUCCACUCACGAAAUGCGGCAUAUUUCAGCGGGAAUGUAUUAUCAAUCGGUUAUGAAUACUUGCCGGCAACAAAGCGCCAUGUGUUGCACAAACCUGUUUGUUGUGUACGAUGACCGGAAGCUGUACAAUGAAUUUCACCAAAUGUCCGCUAAAAAAUUUCGCGUUUUCGACUUGGGUAAGCUACUAGCAAUGGAAAAAAAGUCCCGUUAUGAUUAUACGAUAGAACUGAAUGGUAUGAAUGUGUAUGAUGUGUUAAAGGACAAUCAAUCACAGUGGUUCAUACAUACGCGAGAAGUUAUCGUGUCCAUUACCUUGUUGUCACUUGCUGAUCAUGUUUUUUGUACAUUCUCCUCAAAUUUUUGCCGUGUUGUUGCUUUGCUCAGAGGAAACCGUUGUGGUUUUGAUACUUUACAUUCUCUUGACACGUCCUGGCAUAAAAGUUUGGAAUAG